ACAUACUUUACUCUUUCUUUCUCACCGAAAAAUCCAGAAUGAAUGUGCAAAUAUUAUUAAUUUGAAAAGUUUAAAAAAUAUAUGUGCCUAUUCAUAGAAUCGAGAUUUUCCUAUGAGGUAGAAAGGAUGGAAGCAAUCUAGAGUCUUUAACAAGGCUGUACGCCGGAAAUCUGUUUAUUGUUGCUCAGUCUGUGAGUUGCUUGCAGUAGGAGACGAUAGAAAGCAGAUGUCAGUGGCAUGUCUUUACUUGGAAGGUCUUCUUUAAUUGGGAAACAUGAAGAAGAGGUUUAACAUCAACCUGGACGAUUCUGCUUUCACCAAAGAAAGAGCACCGCCAAAGCCGCAGUUUCUGUCUUCAUCUAAAGGAGGACAGAUCACCUCAGCCUCAUCUACAUCUUCAGCAAAGCCUGCUCCUGAGUCAGUGGAUCAGCCCUUGUCUUACGCAGAAUAUAUCGUCCAAAGUAAAAGCACUGUGGCUGCUGCUCCUCAGAGAGAGGCUCCCCUCAAACUUCCCACGACUGAAGGUGCUGGAGUUAAGAGCCUGAAACAAACUGAGCCUGGUUCAGUAUCGUCUGCCACUGGAAGAUGUGAAACAGUUCAAGACUGUACUAAAGGGACUGAAGGUGGAUCUGAAGGGGUUUGGAGGAAUGAGGAGACACAGGUGGCUGGCACAGACCCAAAAGAGGGUAGCUGUCAAAGAUCAGAUGCAAGCCUCAGUCUGGGACCUAAACCGGUGGGAUCUGGGAGCAGCAUAAUUGUCAGUCCCCGACAGAGGGGAAAUCCUAUUCUAAAGUUUGUGAGGAGUGUCCCGUGGGAGUUUGCAGAUAUUGUACCAGACUAUAUCUUGGGACAGACAACGUGUGCUCUCUUCCUCAGUCUGAGGUAUCACAACCUCAACCCAAACUAUAUCCACGACCGUUUGAAGCAGCUUGGACAGACAUUCACCCUACGAGUGUUACUGGUUCAAGUAGAUGUGAAAGAUCCUCAUCAUUCAUUGAAGGAGCUGGCUCGCAUGUGCAUCAUGGCCGACUGCACUCUCAUCUUGGCUUGGAGUCCAGAGGAGGCAGGGCGUUACCUAGAAACAUACAAGUCGUAUGAAAAGAAACCAGCAGACCUACUGAAGGAACAAGUUGAAAAAGACUAUCUAUCAAAGGUUACAGACUGUCUUACCACUGUUAAGUCUGUAAACAAGACCGAUGCCAUUACCUUACUGUCCACUUUCUCGUCUAUAGAAGGAAUCAUCAAUGCAUCUAAGGAAGACCUGGUUCUCUGUCCAGGCCUUGGACCACAAAAAGCGAGACAACUCUACAACGUGCUGCACAAACCCUUCCUCAAGUCGAAAACAAAAGACAGCUGAAACAUCUGACCAACAGUGUGUGACAUGCCUCUGAAAAGAACCUGAUAAAGCUGAUCAUCAAGUGUAGACGCCCAUGAGGACUGGAAUGAAUACUACAAACACUCUUUCUGUACAGAGUCAAAGAAAGAAAUGUGUAAAAUGUAACUGCUCUCAGACUAAGAAGCAGCUAGGAUUCCUUUAAGGAUUUAAGAUGUAAACUUUUUGAGUGCUAUACUGAUUUAAUGCCUUUUUUGAGUUAUGGAGUGAUAUCAUUUGUUUUUUGUUGAAUUAAUUUUUUAUGAAAAUAAAUGUUUGUAAUAUUUUA